CACAUGGUACAACGUCUCGAGCUCCGUGAGUGACUGGAGACGCCAUUUUGCUGGAAAGUUUGGAAUUUGUAAACCUGAGGAGGAGGAGGGGGUCAGGAAAACUACUGUGGCGGGGAAAGGACGCUUUUCUUUUCAGCCACGGAAGUUUGACACGAGUGCAGAGAGCGGGUGCGGGGGGAGAGUGCGCACAGCGGAGCACAGCGGAGCACAGCGGGCUUGGCACGGCUGCUCUGCCGCACGGAUCAACUCUUAAGUUUUUAUUUUUAGGAAAACCAACAGCGCUUUGGUCCGAGCUUUGCCUCCUGGUCCCAAACCCGCAGAACAGAGCAGAGCUCGGCUCGUUGCGCUCUGGAACGAUCGGAGCCUGGUGCAGAAGAGUUGUUCACUUUUUUACGCACAGCCGCGGUCACAGUGCGCGGUGUACGCCGGACAGAGAGCUCGUCUGACGGCGGACUGCAGACCAACUCUCGGUUCCCCGCUGGAGCGUUUACUCCUCCUCCUUUAGUGAACAACACUCCGCUUUUAGAGGCACUUUUCUUCUGUGGCCGUGAAGACAGAGCUGGAGACAACUGUCAUCGACCGAGAGAAUCCUCGAGCUGCGAGUUUAUGUGGCCACAGGACCAGAGCGAGUCAUGCCAGUCCGAAAGAAAGACGCCCAGAGAGCCCUGGUGCUGCUGCAGGAGUACAGGGCCAAGCUGCAGCACACAGAGGAGCGGACCCUGCGCCUCUCCAUCCAGAGGGUCAUCGACAUCUUCCAGAGCAACCUCUUCCAGGCCCUCAUAGAUAUCCAGGAGUUUUAUGAAGUGACCUUACUGGACAGCCAGAGGUGGACGGAGAGCGGGAAAGAGGCGGAGCCGUUGCCUCCGGUCCACCUAUGGGACAGCCCCAGCAUCACCUCGGACACCCUGGCCCUGAGCACCAGCCUCCAGAACUGUUCGCUCCUCCACGAGAUCCUGCGCACGCUGAAGUACGGUCAGCAGGACGAGGACACGCCCCAGGACCCCACGCCCCCUCCCCUCCCCGAGGACAGUCCCGAGCUGGUGCAGGUGUCCCAGAAGAGCCUGUCCCAAGUGGAGACGGUGCACGGAUAUGUGUCCCACGCUCACAUCUCGCCCAUCAAGGUGGUUUCCGCUCUGGAUUUCCCGCUGGAGGGCUCAGGGGCGUCGGGGGCGUCAGGUGCGUCGGGGGCGUCAGGAGCAGCGGACCCCCCCUCCCCCGCCUCCACCCUGUCCCCCCAGCCACAGGACAGCCCCCUGCCCUCCUGCUCCUCCAACCCGUACCCCCCCGUACAGGCAAACCCUCCUCCAGUGGUGGUGAACACAGAGAGCCUGGACACACCGCCUUAUGUGAACGGGACAGAGGCAGACUAUGAGUACGAGGAGAUCUCUCUGGAGCGGGGGAACUCGGGUCUGGGCUUCAGCAUCGCGGGGGGAACAGACAACCCUCACAUCGGAGACGACCCCAGUAUCUUCAUCACCAAAGUCAUCCCCGGAGGAGCGGCCAGCCAGGACGGCAGGCUCAGAGUGAACGACGUGAUCCUGCGGGUGAACGAGGUGGACGUGCGCGAUGUGAGCCACAGUCGGGCCGUGGAGGCGCUGAAGGACGCCGGCUCGCUGGUCCGGCUCUACGUGCGGAGGAGGAAGGCGCUCAACGAGAAGCUCAUGGAGAUCAAGCUGGUCAAAGGGCCCAAAGGUCUGGGCUUCAGCAUCGCGGGGGGAGUGGGGAACCAGCACAUUCCCGGAGACAACAGCAUCUACGUCACCAAGAUCAUCGAGGGCGGAGCCGCGCACAAGGACGGACGCCUGCAGAUCGGGGACAAGCUGCUCGCGGUGAACAGCUCGUGUCUGGAGGAGGUGACCCACGAGCACGCCGUCACGGCCCUGAAGAACACUCCGGACGUGGUGUACCUGAAGGUGGCCAAACCCAACAGUGUCUUCAUCAACGACAGCUACGCCCCGCCGGACAUCACCACCUCCUUCUCUCAGCCGCACACAGAAAACCAUAUCGGACAGAACUUCCUGGUGCAGCCGCCGCCGCCUCCUGCCCCCUCAGGACGCUUCUCCCCGACGCCCAAAGGCAUUGUGGGGGACAAUGAUGUCACCAGAGAGCCCAGGAAGAUCGUUCUGCAGCGCGGGGCCACAGGUCUGGGCUUCAACAUCGUGGGAGGAGAGGACGGGGAGGGCAUCUUCAUCUCCUUCAUCCUGGCUGGAGGUCCGGCCGAUCUGUGCGGAGAGCUGCGCAAGGGCGACCGUCUCGUCUCGGUGAACGGAGUGGACCUGCGCGGGGCCACACACGAGCAGGCGGCGGCAGCUCUGAAGAACGCCGGGCAGACGGUCACCAUCAUGGCUCAGUACAGACCAGAGGAGUACAGCCGUUUCGAGGCUAAGAUCCACGACCUGAGGGAGCAGAUGAUGAACAGCAGCAUCAGCUCGGGCUCCGGCUCUCUGCGCACCAGCCAGAAGAGGUCGCUCUACGUCAGGGCUCUGUUUGACUACGAUAAGUCUCGGGACUCGGGUCUGCCCAGUCAGGGUCUGGACUUCAGGUUCGGAGACAUCCUCCACGUGGUCAACGCCUCCGACGACGAGUGGUGGCAGGCGAGGCACCUGAGCAGCCAGGGGGAGGCCGAGGAGGUGGGCGUCAUCCCCAGCAAGAGACGGGUGGAGAAGAAGGAGAGGGCGCGGUUAAAAACGGUCAAGUUCAACGCCAAAUCUCGAGACAGAGGGUCUGUCAAUGACAAGCGUAAAAAGAACCCGUUUAGCCGAAAGUUCCCCUUCUACAAGAGCAAAGAGGCGAGCGAGCAGGAGAGCAGCGACGUGGAGCAACAUGUGACGUCCAAUGCCAGUGAUAGUGAGAGUAGUUACCGUGGACAGGAGGAGUACGUGCUGUCCUACGAGCCCGUCGUCCAACAAGAAGUGAGCUACACCCGUCCCGUCAUCAUCCUGGGCCCCAUGAAGGACCGCAUCAACGACGACCUCAUCUCCGAGUUCCCCGAGAAGUUUGGCUCCUGUGUGCCACAUACGACGCGGCCGAAGCGAGACUACGAGGUGGACGGUCGGGACUAUCACUUCGUGGUGUCCCGGGAGCAGAUGGAGCGGGACAUCCAGGAGCACCGCUUCAUCGAGGCCGGACAAUACAACAACCACCUGUACGGCACCAGCGUUCAGUCUGUGCGCCAGGUGGCAGACAAGGGUAAACACUGCAUCCUGGACGUGUCUGGAAACGCCAUCAAGAGACUGCAGCUCGCCCAGCUCCACCCCAUCGCCAUCUUCAUCAAGCCCAAGUCUGUGGACAACAUCCUGGAAAUGAACAAGCGUCUGAGCGAGGAGCAGGGCAAGAAGACAUUUGACCGAGCCACCAAACUGGAGCAGGAGUUCACCGAGAACUUCACAGCCAUCGUGCAGGGCGACUCUCUGGAGGAGAUCUACGAGCAGGUGAAGCAGAUCAUCGAGGAGCAGUCAGGCCCCUUCAUCUGGGUCCAGGCCAAGGACAAGCUCUGAGACGAGUUCUUGAAGAUCUCCGUGUGCUCCGGCUGCCUCCGACUCUGUCCCACCACAAACAUCUGGAGAACGUCUGGUACACAACCUGCACUACAACCGGUCUACACGUGGUUCUCCCUCCGCGUAGACCCAGAACUUUUGCCAAAUAUGGUCCAAAUCUAAUCUAACAUCUGGUCCACAUCUGGUCCGCAACUGGUUCUCAUCGUGGUCUGCAUCUGCUCCCGUCCACAUUCAUUCCAAAACAGUCCUAACGGUUUCCAUAACUGGUUCACAUGUGGACUAAACCCGGUCUACAUGUGGUCCAGAUCCAGUCUAGAAGGGUUCUAAUCCACACCUGGUCCAAAACCUGCUCCACAUCUGCUCUUCCACUUGAUCUACAGCUGGCCUACAUGAAGUCCAUACCUGGUCUAGAAGAGGUCCAAUCAACAUUUGGUCCAAAACCUGGUCUAUAAGUGGUCCACAUCCGGUCUACAGCUGGUUCUAAACCUGGUCUACAAGUGGUCCAGACCAGGCCACAACUAUCGCUGGGCAACAUGUAGUCUGUAUCUGAUCUACAGCUGGUCUGGUCCACAACCUGGUCCAGUCCAAAACCUGGACACAGUUGGUCUACAAGUGAUCUUCCUCAUGUGAUCUACACCUGGUUCAGAUCUGGGCCAAAACCUGGUCUAUAUCUGGUUCAAAUCUGGUCGACAACUGGUCUGCACGUAGUCCCGACCUAGUUUACAGCUGGUCUGGGCCAAAACCUGGUCUAUAUCUGGUUCAAACCUGGUCAAAAACUGGUCUACAUGUAGUCCCGACCUAGUUUACAGCUGGUUUAGUCCACGUCUGGUGCAAAACCUGGUCUAGAUCUGGUUCAGACCUGGUCGACAACUCGUCUAGUCCAUGUCUGGGCCAAAACCUGGUCUAUAUCUGGUUCAAAUCUGGUUGACAACUGGUCUACGUGUAGUCCAGACCUAGUUUACAGCUGGUCUAGUCCAUGUCUGGGCCAAAACCUGGUCGACAACUGGUCUACACGUAGUCCCUACCUAGUUUACAGCUGGUCUGGGCCAAAGCCUGGUCUAUAUCUGGUUCAAACCUGGUCGAAAACUGGUCUACAUGUAGUCCCGACCUAGUUUACAGUUGGUUUAGUCCAUGCCUAGUCUAAAACCUGGUCUAGAUCUGGUGCAAACCUGGUCGACAGCUGGUCUACAUGUAGUCCCGACCUAGUUUACAGCUAUUCUGGGCCAAAACCUGGUCUAUAUCUGGUUCAAACCUGGUCAACAACUGGUCUAGUCCAUGUCUGGGCCAAAACCUGGUCUUCAGCCGGUCUCCAACUCGUUCUACAUGAUGUCCAUACCUGGUCUUCACACAACCUGUCCAAAAACACAAACCUACAACCGGUCCAGUCCUCAUCUGGUCCGGUCCUAAACCCGGUCUAAAGCGUUCCAGACCUGGUCCGGAGACCUCAGAGACCCCGGCUCUUCGCGGUCGGUCUCGGGGCAGCGUUUGGAGUUGAGACGACGAGAUUCGACACAGCGACAUUUUGCACGUUUGAGCUUUAAGAGCAUGUCCGGUCUGUCCUCAUCUGGCCUCACUUUCCCUUUCGUUUAAUCGUUUAGUUUUUUUUUUUCUACAUUUAAUUUGAACGCUUUUGGUGUUUCUUUCGGAGUUUUGACGAUAUGUUAUUCCUGCUGAUCGAGGACGUUAACGCGAUGCAGUUCUGUGUGCACAAAGCGCGUAUUUAUUUAUAUUUUUAGAGGGGUAAUUUAAAAGCAGAGUUAGCGUUUCAUCUUUUACCGCAGCCUAGUUUAGCACAAAUCUGAGCGUGUCCGUGAGCAUUCUACAGACUCGAGAUUAUUUAAGAGAGUUUUAUAUUAACGAGCGGAGGUGAGGCGCACUGCAGAACUGUCUACAGGAGUUUAAAUUACGCGAUUUGUUUUAAUAGUAUAUUUUUAUGACUUUAAAUGUGCUGAAAAAGUAAAAAUAUUCGUUCAAAGCAAGUGUGUUUGUGGAGAUCUUAUGCCUGUAUAUAGAGCAGAUAGUGUGAUUUGAAUACACACGCGUCACGAAUCUCGGACUUCCGGUCAUCGCGCAAUACAUACUGGGAAGGAUUUUCCGAAAAAGUGAGAAUCAA